GCUCUUUUUUCCUCCCCCAGGAAAAGGGAGAUUCUUUCGCUUCCGCUUCCCGGCGUUGCACCUCCUUGGCAUCAGCAAGCAGUCCCUUCCACAGGAGGACCCGGACGCCGUCAUGGUGGACUCCCCGCGCCACAGCGACGGCUCUGUGGCCAUGCGCGACUACCAGCUGCCCGCCACCCGCGAGAGCGCCAGCCCGUCCUACGCCAACGACACCCGCGCCCUCAUCGCCCCCAGCCACUGCUCCACCCCCAUGUCCGGCCCGCUGGACCACUCGUCGCCCAAGGGGCCCUGGGACCGGGUGUGCCCGGACCAGGCCGCCGCUCAGACCCAGCCGCAGAGGCAGGAGAACGCGCUCGCCGCUGCUCCGUCCAUCCCCGGCCUCACGCCGACUCCCUCCAGAGAGAGCAUGUGCAGCAUCCGCAGAGCCUCCUCCGUGCACGACAUGGAGGGCUUCGGGUCCAAUUCCAAGAUGGCGUUCAGGGACAGGCAUGCCAGCGAAGACAACGGUCGCCAUAUCAAAGUGUCGCGCUCCUGGAUGGCUGGGGGCCCACUCAGCCAGAUCAAAUCCAGCUUGCUCGGCUCCACCUCCGACUCCAACCUUAACAAGUACAGCACCAUCAACAAGAUCCCCCUCAUCACGCUCAACUUCUCCGAGGCCAACAACGAGAAGAAGUGCCCCUCGCCGCCGUCCUCGGAGAAAACCAUCAUCGCGCCCAAAGUCAAGGACCGGACGCACAAUGUGACGGACAAGGUCACGCAGGUUCUGUCUCUGGGCGCGGACGUGCUGCCCGAGUACAAGCUGCAGACGCCGCGCAUCGACAAGUGGACCAUCCUCCACUACAGCCCCUUCAAGGCGGUGUGGGACUGGCUGAUCCUGCUGCUGGUCAUCUACACGGCCAUCUUCACGCCCUACUCCGCCGCCUUCCUCCUCAACGACAUCGAGGAGCAGAAGCGGCGGGAGUGCGGCUACUCCUGCUCGCCGUUAAACGUGGUCGAUCUGAUAGUGGACAUCAUGUUCAUCGUGGACAUCCUCAUCAACUUCAGGACCACUUACGUCAACACCAAUGAGGAGGUGGUCAGCCACCCCGGCAAGAUUGCCAUCCACUACUUUAAAGGCUGGUUCCUCAUAGACAUGGUGGCUGCCAUCCCGUUCGACCUGCUCAUCUUCGGGUCAGGAUCAGAUGAGACCACCACUCUGAUCGGCCUGCUGAAGACGGCCCGUCUCCUGCGGCUGGUGCGAGUGGCCCGUAAGCUGGACCGCUACUCGGAGUACGGGGCCGCCGUGCUCAUGCUGCUCAUGUGCAUCUUCGCGCUCAUCGCCCAUUGGCUGGCCUGCAUCUGGUACGCCAUCGGCAACGUGGAGAAGCCGUAUCUGGAGCACAAGAUCGGCUGGCUGGACAACCUGGGCGUGUCCAUAGGAAAAAAGUACAACUACAGCGACCCCAGCUCGGGCCCCUCCAUCAAAGACAAGUACGUCACAGCGCUCUACUUCACCUUCAGCAGCCUGACCAGCGUGGGCUUCGGGAACGUCUCCCCCAACACCAACUCGGAGAAGAUCUUCUCCAUCUGCGUCAUGCUCAUUGGAUCCCUGAUGUACGCCAGCAUCUUCGGGAACGUGUCCGCCAUCAUCCAGCGCUUGUACUCGGGCACCGCCCGCUACCACCUGCAGAUGCUGCGGGUCAAGGAAUUCAUCCGCUUCCACCAGAUCCCCAACCCGCUGAGGCAGCGGCUGGAGGAGUACUUCCAGCACGCCUGGACGUACACCAACGGCAUCGACAUGAAUAUGGUUCUGAAGGGGUUCCCAGAGUGCCUGCAGGCAGAUAUCUGCCUCCACCUCAACAAGAGCCUCCUCCAGGGCUGCAAGGCCUUCCGUGGAGCGACUAAGGGCUGCCUCCGGGCCCUGGCCAUGAGGUUCAAGACCACCCACGUGCCCCCCGGAGACACCCUCGUCCACGGCGGAGACGUGCUCACGGCCCUCUACUUCGUCACCCGCGGCUCCAUCGAAAUCCUCAAAGACGACGUGGUGGUGGCCAUCCUGGGUAAGAACGACAUCUUCGGCGAGAUGAUCCACCUGUACACCAAGCCAGGCAAGUCCUGCGCCGACGUGCGGGCGCUCAGCUACUGCGACCUCCACACCAUCCAGAGGGAGGAAAUCCUGGAAGUACUGGACAUGUAUCCGGAGUUUGCCGACCACUUCCUCAUGAACCUGGAGCUGACCUUUGACCUUCGCGAUGAAAAGGCUAAGACGACCUACCUGAAAGCCACGGAUUCCAACAUGGACGACAUCAAGUGUCGGAGAAGAGUGUCCUACAAAAGGAAAUCGUCUACAGGUUCCCACAACAAAGAGUCGGCGGCCGCCUACUGCGAGAGCAGGCGGGGGAAGCAGGUCUACGCCCCCUCAGCAGCCGAGGACCGGAGAGAGUCCACCGAGGAGGCGGAGGGGGAGGAGGAGGAGGAGGAGGAGGAGGAAGAGGGCCGGGAGGAGGAGGAGGAGCAGAGGCCCCUGUGCUCUGGGGUCCUGGGCUACCCGCUGGUGAGGGACCAGGCCCUGGGCCUCGGGCUGAGCGGCGCUCCUGACGGGCAGGCGGGCGACGGCCCUCAGGAGCAGGCGUAUAAAGAGGUCCACGGGGACGAGUGGGCGCGGCAGCAUCCCGGCGAGGCUGCGGGGGACCCGGCCCCGUGCCGGGAGACGCCGGCCGGGGAGGACGACAGCGACACGGACCUCACCUACGGAGAGGUGGAGCAACGGCUGGACCUGCUGCAGCAGCACCUCAACAGACUGGAGUCGCAGAUGACGGCCGACAUCCAGGCCAUCCUGCAGCUGCUCCAGAGGCAGACCACAGCUGGCCCCCCCGCCUACAGCAUCGUCACCUCCAGCCCCGAGUACCAGCGGCCGGCCAUCCGGGUGCAGCCUGUGUCUGCCAUGCAGCCUGAGCUCAGCCUGUGUCCUGCUCCGCCACGGCCACAGAGCCCAGGUCCAGAAAAGGCCCAGAACAAAUCCAAAGAAUCCCCCGCGGUCCUCCUCCGCACGGAGACUCUUCCAGACGGGAACUUUGACGGACUCCUGGAGCGCGACAUGGAGCGGACACUUGUGCAGGACCCCCUGGACUCUGUAGAACAGCACCAACAGCAGCAGCAGCAGCCCCCGAGGUUCCCGUCGGGCCGACAGGCCUCUCUGCCCGACGUCCCCAGCAGCUCAGGAACGUUGGGACUCCACAGGCCAGUUUCUGACCCGGGGCUUCCAGGAAAGUAGGUCUGUCACCACCCUUCACCUCUGAUGAAGGGUCUUCUCUCAAGCUCGACUCAGGGUCCAAGAAAGAGACUGAUUAUGCAAAGGAAAACAAACUGUAGACUUUCUUCCAUCCCUUUUCAGUAAAUAUCCGGCCCCACCCUUCCUACUGAUUUAGAUGUAUAAAUUCCAUUUAUACAGAGCUAUUUAUACACUAUAUUAUUACCAUGUGUAAUUAUUUACAUCAUUACUGUGUACAUACUUCAAAUAGAACACUGCCAGCAACUCACAGGCACCUAACGUGCUUUUUCUACACCAGAUAUGCAUGUUUGCGUUUCCCACCUCCCCUGUUGUGUCACAGCUGAUGAGCUGUGAUCUCGGCGCGCUCACACUCGGCUGUAGCUAUCGAGGCCCAUUCGCCACCGCUCAACUUCAGCUACUUGAACCUCUGAGGCAUUUCUCCAUGUCAGCGGUCUGUUCAUAUAGCGUGCCUACUGCACACACCACUACCACUUACACAGCGCUCAGCUUCACCGCACGUGUGGUCGUCCCACGGCGCCACAAGGUACCCGUCAGUCUGAGAGCAAUAAUGAUGAAGCACUCCAGGAAAUAGACUGAGUCCUGGUGUAUUUCCAGACGAAGACGAUGUUCUACACGCUGUAAGAAGAGCAACUCUGACCUGCACUUAUUCAUGUUGUGAACUAAUAUUAAUGUUCAUAUCUGUUUAUGAAUUCAACAACUCGAUCUCCAUGAGCCGAUCAUGCUGAUAUUAAGAUGCCGAGCACAAAGCGCGACAUCUGACAAACGCCUACAUCGUCUGGGUGCAGGUGACACCAGCCUCGUGACUGCAGUCAAACUGUGGGGAGAUUUCUUGUUGAGGCAGUUUGAGGAUUUGAAUCAAUUUUAGCUAACUACGUUCGUUGCUCUUUUUAACCUAAUCAGAUUUUUUGGGGAGAGCUGCAGGAGCUGCCUGACUGAAUGUUUGUAUGGGUGGUGUUUUUGUAGGCUCCCUAACAGUCUGCCUUCAUUACGUCUGCACCGUAGACCACUGGGUCCUCUCCUCAGCUUCCUCCCGCUGUCAAACCUCUUGCUAUUGUGGCCUAAAGGAGCUUUGUUUCAUCAGAACACAAGACGUAUCCUGAACAUUGUUCUCUGGAGUCAAGUGUGGGUGCGUAACAGCGGUGGAUUCCGUUGUCUCCUGUUUUCACUUGGCUUGAAACCUGAUGAAGAAGCUUCUCAUCUUCUCAUCAGGCUCACUGCCAAAACUUUCCUUUGUUACCACCUCAGCACAUCCUGUCACACUGAUCUGAGGAGACAGCAGCGUUGCUGUCACAUUUCAAAAACCUACAGUUUACAGUUUAAUUAUGUUUUCCAGGUCUAGCAAAUGCCAUUAAAUACUCAGUGGCCACUUCACACCGCUACAGUCUAAUUCAAUCCAACACUACUAAAUAGCUUUUACAAGGUGAUCACCUGUCAGUUUUUCAGUUGAAGCUGUCAGAAAGGUGAUAAAACUAUAUUUAUUGCUGAGAUCAAAGUGAAUGGAGAAAUUAUUUUAGCUCUAAUUUUAGAUUUUAUUGCUCUAUUAAUGCAAUAAACCCCCUGCAAUUAGACAGCACAGAUGAGCUUCCAGUACAACAAUUAGUUUACAAAGUUUACAAAUAUUUUAUUCAGUGGUUAAUUAUAAAUUAACAUAAACCAACCUUUUUACUACUUCCAGUGGUCCUGCACUGGAAAACAGAAAUCCAAAACCCCUCAUUCUCCUCAAACUGCCCUGACAGAUCUGCAUCUUUUUAAGAGUCUGACUGCAGCUGUUUCAAACUCUGGAUUGUCCACGUGAUACUUGUUGGUUGCAUGCUUUAGGUCUUCCAUUAUCUUCUUGAAAAGUACAACUUUCUUAGUGAAGAAUCAUCACUGACAAAGCACCAAAAAGAAAAAAACACACACACACACACACACACUUCAUGUAUGGAGCUGAGGACCCAGCUCAGCCUUCGAUAGCCUUAGCUUUAUUAGCCUGCUCUCGCCUUUACGAUACCGAGUCCGACGCUUCUCCAGUCACGUGUAAAUGUACUGAACCAUUUAGGGUUGAACUGCAUGAGAAUUAGUCUUUUUAGUUUUCUAACUACACAAACUGCAACUCGAGCUCAUGUAUUGCAUGGAGACUGCACUUGACUCAAUUAUAAAAGGUCUCAAUCCACUGUGCGAUGAAAGGAUGCGUACGCUCCAGCACAUAAGUCAUCCACAGAUGUAGGCAGAAUGGUCAAGACCUAUUUUUCUAAAGCAAAGUGUUUGGUUUGCCGUUAUUUUUCUAUGUACCCGAUUAGUUUAACGCACCCUGGUGUUGGAGCGCUGUGAGCUGCUGAUGAUGGGAAGGUAAUGAAUGCAAUGCACAGCCUCUCAAUGUAGCAAGACUCCAGUGACGACUGCGAUGUUCAAAGCAUCUCUGCAGUUGCUACGUCCACUUCCCCCCUUUGAGCUCGUCCAGUGAGUCACAGCCCCAACCUUAACAGAACAAACCCUGGCAUUUGCUUCGUCCCCGCCCUCUGACCGGAGGAAGGGCUGGGGAGCGAGAAGGGAAGCCAUGAAACUUUUGCAUACGCCAAUGAGCAGGGCGUCGAGGGACCUGUCCGGGUCACAACUCGCCGCUCCGCCACUGGCCGUUGCUGGGUUCUUAGAGAAGCUUUCUUUCUCGAGCAGAUGUAGAACAAAAGUUCCAACGCCUGAAGAGUCGUCUACUAACCUUUCAUGGUAUUUGCAAACUUUUGCACAGAGAUUAGAAAACUUGCUGUACUGGAUAUAAAUGUCACUUUUUAAAACCUAGUGCUGUUCAGAAAUUGUUUUUAUGCAUUUUUUAAAUGUUUGCCACUGUAUUUUAUACAAUGCAACACUUAACAGCUAAUUUGAAUGUUUCUGUUCUUAACUAUUUAAAGAAAUGAAAUAUAUUGUGUAAAUAGUCUGGGAGAAAUGCUCAGUUGUAUAAAUGAAUAAACUUAAUGCAUACUGGUUAAAAA